AUGCACGAGACGUGGCAGCCUCAGGUGCGUGCAGACCCUCGCAGGCAUAGCGGACAAUUAGACUUGCCCUUUGUGCUCCCCCAGCUGCACCAGUGCUUCCAUUCUUUUGUCUUUCCCUGCCUGCCUGCAGAGCCUGUGCUGGCAUCAUUUUCGCACAUGACGGUCAUCAUGCACAGCAGCUUGCAGCGCAGCCUUGCAUUCAUCCUGGCCAACAAGUUGCAGAGCAGCACGCUGCUGGGCACGCAGCUGACGCGGCUGUUUGUGGAAGCGUACGAGGACGACCCUUCACUGGUGGAGGCAGCGGUAGCAGAUCUGCAGGCGGUGGUUGAACGUGACCCCGCCUGCGACUCCUUUGUGCAGCCGCUGCUCUUCUUCAAGGGCUUUCAGGCCAUCCAGGCGCACCGCGUGGGGCACUGGAUGUGGCAGCGCGGCCGCAAGGCGCUGGCUGUGGCGCUGCAGAGCCGCAUGAGCGAGGUGUUUGGUGUGGACAUCCACCCUGCGGCGCAGCUGGGGUGGGGCGUGAUGAUGGACCAUGCCACAGGCAUCGUGAUUGGCGAGACGGCGGUGGUGGGCGACAACGUGUCCAUGCUUCACCACGUCACGCUGGGCGGCAGCGGCACCGGCACGGGCAUGCGCCACCCGGUGAUCAGCGACAAUGUGCUCAUCGGCGCCUGCUCCCGCAUCCUGGGCAACAUCCGGGUGGGGCACAGCGCCCAGGUGGCAGCCGGCUCCCUGGUCCUGCGUGAGGUGCCGCCCCGCACGCUGGUGGGAGGCGCUCCGGCGAUAGAGAUUGGGCGUGUGAUAGGUGCGACGGCGGGCCGGGUGGAGGCAGGUGUUCCUUUCUGUUUCGCCUGCGUUUGCAUUUCAGUGCAUACAGCAUGCAUGCUGUAUGCUUGUUUGCUUGCUGCUGGGCCGGGAGGCCCGGGCUUGAUGGCUGCACAUGGCCUGCAUGAGGUGCCGCCUCCCGGCUGCAAGCCUGCAGGCACCCCCGCUCUGGAAAUGGACCACUGGGCUGCCACCACCAAGCUGCUGCUGCAGUCCAACCUGGCCAAUGACCCCUUUGCCACCAGCAGCAGCAGCUACGGCAGGAGCCGCGGCAGCGGUAGCAAUGCGGGGGCGAGCAGCGGCCGAGCGUCGCGGCAGCAGCGGCAGGAGCAGCAGCAAGAGCAGCAGGAGGAGGGGGACGGCAGGGUGAGCUAG